AUGGCUGACUUAUUUAACAAACACAUUAAGAAAGCCACUACUCGAACAAAAGAAAAACUCUUGGAAGGAAUCGGGAAGGCAAAAGCUACUCAAGAUGAAGUUUUUGAUAUUCACGCAAACAAUCUUAUGAAACAAAGUAAAGCAUCCGAAAAACUGUAUAAAGAUGUCAAGGGUUAUACUCAAGCUUUAAAAUCACUCUGUCAGGCUGAGAAAGUAUUGAGAGAGACUAUAAGAGAAACAUAUGAAUCUGAUUGGCCAGAGAGAGAACAAUUCACUGCUUUACUUGAUAAUCUGGACAUACAAACAAUUCAACUUGAAAAAUCCGUCGGUGACGAUUUGGUUCAAAAUGUUUCUCAAUAUGUUAAUCAAUUCGGUGACCUCAAAAAGAAGGUUGACAAAAGAGGAAGAAAACUAGUCGACUAUGAUCAUGCUAAGAAUACGUAUACUUCAUUGACAUCGUCGUCAAAGAAAAGCAGUUCUGAUCCGAAAGUUACCAAGGCCUUGACUGAACUUCAGCAAACUGAAAGGAAUUACAAAGAAAUUAACAACGAAUUAUUAGAAAUCCUUCCUGCUACAUACGAUGGACGUAUCACGUUCUUGGUUGAUACUUUGCAAACCAUGUUCAAUGCUCAUAGUAUUUAUCAAACUGAAGCGGGAUCUACAAAUAAGCAAAUUGUCUCCCAACUUGAUAAGCUAGGUCAAUCAAUGGAUUAUCUGCGCGUUGCGCGUCCUGAACCACGUACUUUAACACCAAUAGAUACAACUUCUGACAAUGCAUCUGCAUCCCCAGCAAACUCUCCACUACCGCAGAGCACUCUGUCUGUGCCAUCAACUCCCCAAAACUCAGCAACCACACCAACACCGGUUUCGCCGUCUCCUGCACCUCCCGCUUCAGAAGGAUCAAAUCCUUUCGAUGAAGAAGAGGAGAAUGUUGAAGAGGAAGUGUGUGCGAAUCGGGUUUACCCGAAGAUUACUGCUACUCCUUCUACCAAAGCAGAAGAGAUACCAGCAAGACGAGGAGAGAAGGACCCAAAUAAUCCCUUUGACGAGUCAGAGGAUGAAAAUCCAGGUGUUGACGAAGCCAUAACAUAUAAACCGGAAGAGAAAAAAGUGCUUUAUGUACUGAAGUCAACCCAUGCAUACCAAGCAAAGAACACGGAUGAGUUGAACUUCACUCCAGAUAUAGAAAUUAAGGUUUUGGAACCCAAAUCUCCUGAAUUGUUGGAUGAGGGAUGGUUGAUUGGUGAGCUUCCCGAUGGCACCAUUGGGUUUUUCCCAGAAAACUUUACGAAAAAAAUUUAA